CAUGCCUCACCCGGGAACCAAUUGCCCUCACUUAUCAUGCAUGCCCUCCUCCUCCGUUCAUGAAGACUAUCUCGCACCACUUCUCCCCCCGGGCUGAUUCCCACACACUCGCCAGACUCCAGUCGCAUCAGACAAGCUGGCGGCGCAGAAAGCAUCCCACCCCCUGUGGACAACCUCGCAUACAGUCCGUCCGUGUCCUCCUUCCCACUCAGCCUUCUAGGUCUCGACCACACGAGGUCUAUAAGAUAAGAUGCACAACCAGAUCAUCGGGUCGUCUGGCAUGGACCAGGAAAGCCGCAUUGCCCAGGCCAAUAACACAUAUGGGCAUGACCCCUGGGUCGACAUGAGCACCGCCUACCAUCACCAGACGACCAUGCCGGACUACGGGACGGGCUUCAGCUACAUGCCGCCCAUAACACACGGGCUGCCUUCCGAGUCUCUGCACAGGAUGCCGCCUCCCCCGCCUCCCCAGCACAUGUCCCAGACCCAGACGACGCAUCCUCAGCUCCCAAUGCUCAUCAUGCCUUCCCAUGCGACCUGGCCCAGCAUGUUGACGAAUCCCAACAGCUACGCAUCGCACUCUGCUCCGCCGGUGGCCAUCCCUCCUGUCACGGCGCCCCUGAAGCAGGCCAAGCUACCUGCCAUCCAUGCGCCGUCGCAACCGAGGAAGACCCUGACCGACGACGACCGUCGCCGGAUGUGCCAGUAUGCCGAGGACCACCCCAACACCAAGCAGACCGAGAUUGGUGCCAUGUUUGGUGUCGAGAGAAGUACCGUGUCCAAGGUGCUGCGUAACAAGGAGAAGUAUCUCUUCCCAGAGGAUCGGAGCAGUUCUCCAAUCAAGCGCACCAAGGCCAAGGGCGUGGAUGUCGAAAAGGCCCUGACCAACUAUAUCCGCAAUGCGCAGAAGUCGGGCGCCGUGGUGUCGGACUCGGACAUCAAGGAGAAGACGAACAUCCCCGACAGCAUCCAAGGUUCGUCACCGUCGCUGACCCCGUCACAACCGUCGAGCGCCAUCUCCCCGGCUUCCCCGUCCGGGCAUCGCUCUCAGUCGCCUCUGUCGGCGAACCGCAGCGAGGACGACAAGGAGGGAAUGAGCAGCUUCAUGGACUUCACCACGGACCACGGUGCGUACAAGCACUCGAACUCUCAGAGCACAGCAACGUCCCUGUCGAGUGCCUUCACGGACGCCACCGCCUCCUCCUUCCCGGGCAGCGCGCUGAGCCCCACCACGCCGUUCAACUUCUCCCCGGACCCCAACAUGGGCGACUUCCUGGCGAGUAAGCAGUUGGGGCCGGGAGACGCGAGUUCCAACUUCCACCGGCCGCGGAGCCAGACAUUCCCGACCCUGGAUCUGGAGUGCAUGAACCAGCCGCAGACGACGGAGCCGCUGACCCCCAGGUACCACCACGUCUCCUCCGCGACGGCCCCCUCCUCAGCCAUCGACUCGCCCGCCGGCCACGAGAUUCCCGCCCCGCACUUCGGCAGCCUGGACCACCACCACCACCACCACCACCACCAACACCACCACAGCAUGGCCUCCCCGCAGCUCCGCCACAGCAGCAGCAACGGGAGCAUGGCCGCUGCAGCGGCGCGGUCCAAGGCGACCACGCCCAUCUCGGCGACGUCGCCGAGCUCGCCGACGCAGGAGGACGCGCGGCGGGCGGCCGACACGCUGCUGUCGUUCAUCCAGAACGCGGCGGCCAGCGGCGCCGGCGGCGCUGGCUUCGUCGACCAGAGCGAGUACAUGGCCGUCGUGCGGCUGACGGAGAAGCUGCGCCUCCACCACCAGUCGUCGUCGUCGUCCCAGAUAGCGGCCGGCGGCAAGGCGGCGGCGGCCGGCGAGGAGAUGCCGACGACGACUACGACGACGACGACCAUGGGUGGGCUGUCGAGGAUCCCCGAGGGGGAUAGCGAGAUGCCCAAUGCGUCGCCGGGGAUGAUGCCCAAGAUGGAACCUACGCCUCUGGGUGCCUGAGUUCAGGCGCUGGAGACGGCGGAUAACCGAAGUUGUGGGCGCUAUCUUGUUUCCUUUUUCUUCUCUCUUUCCCGUCGAGGAUCUGGCGUUGGAUUGCGAAUCGUCGAG